AUGGCAGUGGCCGUCGCCAGCAUGGCCAGGAACAGCCGUCCCAGCCGCGUGUCCACGCCUCGGGCUGCUCACAACCGCCCAGAUCCCAACACGGCACACAGUCUGGAAGGUGACACCCUCCUCGGCUCUCCAGACACCCAGCGGCCAGCCCAGAGCUCGCCUCCGGCACGAAUCACCAAGCGGCACCCCGCGACAUCUGGUAGGGUCGAGAAGAGCAGGCCCGCCCAGAAGAAGUCCAGCAUCGCCUCGAGACUUCUCAGCCUCUUCACUUCCUUUCCCUCGCCAAAACGGGCUUUCUUCUCCAGCUCGGCAGGCCUCAACCGUGGAGUCGGUUCUCAGGGCAGCGGCACAGCGACCGCAGCUGAUUCAAAGACCGCUCAAAGCCGCUCCACAUCGCCGCAAGAGGAUGUAGCAGUGGCGAGCAUAGAGUCUGUCGAUGGCGUGGCCGCUACAGACCAGCAGGACCAAGACGAGGCCAUGAGCGAGUCUUGGAUCCCCGGCGAGCAAGAAGAGCCAGAGUUUACUGACUGGCGGGAAGAGCAGCUGGCCCUCAACAUUGUGCUCAGAGCCCGCCAUGAGUUCACCCUGCUGCCGUCAACGUGGAAGUACAACCUGCGAGGCAUUCCCAUCCCAGACACUCUCUUCUACACCCAGACAAAAUCAAAAAGCAUGCGGCCCCGUAUCUACGCCAUGCAGAACCGCUUCGAAUACCAGGGCGAGACCGCAUUCCGGAAACUCAUAGAUGUGCACGCGCAGAUUCGGGACCUUCGCAAGCUGCAGGUGGAAAUCAACAGCGACAGGCUCUUGUCAGCUGGCGCCAGAGAAGCCAGACUGGCCGAGGUAUCUGCAGCUAUCACCAGCAAGAUAUCCCGCGCCAUUGAACGUGCGUGCGUUUGGGCCGAGUCUGACGGCAAUCUCAAGAGACUGCGCGACCAGACCCCGCCCAACAUCAUGAUAUCCGUCCUUCCCAGCACAGAGGAGCACGGCGACGUCUUCAUCCAGGAGAGCAUGGACUCUCUGGCGCGACGGUGGCGGCAGAAGCUCGGCAUCCCGGAACUUGAGCGCGAGGAGUCGGUGGCUAGCAGCUUCGACUGGGACGCCGCGGACGGGGACACGACCAUCAAAGUAGAGGAGGACGAGGCGGGGGGAGACGGCGCCUCUACCAAGGAGCUCGGCGGGAGCCCACAACUCGGCACAGAAACACCAAAAGCGUCGCACAGGAAAGGGCUACCCCGCGAGGAAGUCCAGGCGUCACCAGAAGAGCUGGAGCAGCAGGAAAAGGAGCGGGAGGAGGAGGAGGAGCAAAAGACACCCACCCAAGCACAGCCACAAUGCCCGCCUCCAACAUCAUUCUCGUCAUCACAGACCAAGGCCCCCGUGCUGUUCGGCUUCGUCAUCUUCAAGCAUACCCUCAUGAUUGUCACCCUCGACGCCCAGGACCCGGCGGCCCCGUGCAACAUCCCCAUAUCGCUCAACAUGGCCGAGAGCAACCAGCACCAGUGGAACGCGCUCGCCAUCAUGGUGACCAUCUGCUGGGCGCGCGACCUGCUGUCCCGCGUCGUCGACGAGAUAGCUGUCGAUCUCGAGGCCGCCAAGGCGCGGAUGCCGUCCGAGGAUCCUGAUGCUUGA